CAUCAUUGCAGCACCGGACAUUCAUUUUGUAUGGACAACUCGGUUUCGGCUCAAUUAGUCCAAUAACUCUCAUCUCUCCUGUGCAAGUGCCCCCUGACCAAACCCCUUCACUUUCACAUAGAAGAUAGAACCACUUUUUUCUACUUUCCCUGGCUCCUUCCUAGAUUGACAUUGCAAGGCUGUGUCCAGUCCUAAAAUACUAUGUACAUAUGCCAGCUAUAACUAUUCUUUAAUCAACUAGCUACCCAUGAAAGCAACUAUAUGAGGGACCCAAGCUCAAAGUUCCAACAUCACACAACACAUUUAGCUCUCUCUUGAUAAAUCUCUUGCUUGCUGCUGGUACAUAUAAUAUACAUCUCCUGAUUGUUUGCUUGGAAAAAGAUAAGAUGUCGUUCGUUCGUUCGAGAAAGCUUUCUUCAAUGCUUUUGUUUGCUCUGUUAUUUGCUUGUCUGAUGGGAGCCUCCAAGGGUGGCAAUUUCUUCCAAGAUUUUGACAUCACCUGGGGCGAUCAACGUGCUAAGAUACUAAACGGUGGCCAACUUCUCACACUAUCUCUUGACACUGCUUCUGGUUCUGGCUUCCAAUCCAAGAAUGAAUACUUAUUUGGCCGAAUCGACAUGCAAAUCAAGCUAAUACCAGGCAACUCGGCUGGUACUGUCACUACAUACUAUCUAUCUUCUCAAGGGCCGACACACGAUGAGAUCGACUUUGAGUUUUUGGGCAAUGCAACUGGAGAACCAUAUGUUCUCCAUACCAAUGUGUUCUCCCAGGGGAAAGGAGAUAGAGAACAACGAUUCUAUCUCUGGUUUGAUCCCAGCAAGGCUUUUCACACCUACUCUAUUGUGUGGAACAAACAACUCAUUAUUUUCUUAGUGGACAACAUCCCAAUUAGAGUGUUCCAAAACCUGGAAUCAAUUGGUGUGGCAUUCCCGAACAAGCAAGCCAUGAGGAUAUAUUCAAGUCUUUGGAAUGCUGAUGACUGGGCAACAAGAGGGGGGCUUGUAAAGACUGAUUGGACACAAGCUCCUUUCAUUUCUUCUUACAGAAAUUUCAAAGCCAAUGCUUGUAUUUGGUCACCUGGAUCACCCUGUACCUCCACCUCCCCCAUUUCUGUGCAAGACAAUGCCUGGCAAGUUCAAGCACUUGAUGCCCCGGGGCGCAACAGACUUCGAUGGGUGCAGCAGAAGUACAUGAUUUACAACUACUGCACUGACUUGAAACGGUUCCCUCAGGGUCUCCCACCUGAAUGCAAGUGAUCAAGAUGCCUAUGAAGAAACUAGACAUUAAGCAUCCAUUGGUUCAUUUUUUAGCAAGUUUGUCCUAAAUGAUUAGAACAUGAAAUUCUCUAUUUUUCUCGAAGAACAUAAAUAAUGUAAUGUGAAAUAACUCAAUUUCUUAAUUCAUGUAAAGUUACUU